AUGGCUUGUUACAUUCUUCGUCGUUCGUUUGGCAAAGCAGGCCGCAUACCUCAACGGUUGGAAAACGUUGCGCGGUAUGUUUCUGUUUCUGCAGUACGAAAUUCGACAAAUGGCAAAAAUUAUGCUACGCUGUGGACUGCGGAGCGCGCACUUUCUUUAGCCUUGCUCGGAAUUGUUCCAGUUGGUCUCCUGUUUCCUUCCCAGGUCGGUGAUACGUUGAUGGCCGUAAGCAUUGUUAUGCAUCAGCAUUGGGGUCUGGAAGCGAUCGUGAUGGACUAUGUCCGUCCAAUUAUGUUCGGCACUACGAUCCCCAAGCUGGCACACGGUUUACUCCUAGUAAUUUCCGCUACCACCCUUGGAGGAUUGUUCUACUUCAAUCACAAAGAUAUUGGGAUCGCCGGAUGUGUACGAAAAAUAUGA